AUGUGGAAAUUCAUGCAAUCUGUGAAUCGGAAACGGGGUCUUGAUAUGCAAACUUUCCGAGAUCUGUAUGCUUGGAGUGUGGGGGAACGGAGGACGGAGUUUUGGGAGGAUCUGUGGGAAGAGGCGGGGCUGAUUCACGAAGGGAGUUUUGAUGAGGUCGUCGACACCACUGCACCCAUGAAUAGCAUCCCGCACUGGUUCCACGGCACGCGCCUCAACUUCGCCGAAAACAUCCUCUACACCUCCUCUCCCACCUCCUCCUCCGUCCGUACCACUGCCAACAAAGAACCCAAUAAAAUCGCCCUCACCUCCAUCCGCGAAGCUAACACCUCCAUCCGCCACCUAACCUGUAGUACGGAUAUGGGGACGAAAGGAAUUUUGGAACGGUUGGUGCAGAUUCGACCGGUCUAUGUGUUUAUCGAUGAUUGGACUGUGUAUAACGGUAAGACCGUGGACCUCCGACCGAAGAUUAGGGAGAUUGUGAAGGGGUUGAGGGGGGUGAGGGAGUUUAGGGGAGUAGUUAUGCAGCCGAGGUUUGAGGGGCAGCCGGCGGAUUUGGAGGGCAUGGAGAGGUGUAUGACGGUGGAGGGGUUUUUGAAGGCGGGGGGUGGGGAUAAGAGGUUGAGGUUUGAGCGAGUGGGGUUUCGGGACCCGUUUUUGAUUGUUUAUUCAAGUGGGACGACAGGCGUACCGAAGUGUAUUGUGCAUUCCGUCGGUGGGGUUUUGGUUAGUGUUUUGAAGGAGGGGAGGCUGCAUAGGGAGUUGGGGCCGGAUACGGUGCAGCUUCAAUAUACGACUACAGGUUGGAUAAUGUACCUCGUAAGCAUCCAAGCUCUCCUAUAUGGUAGCCGAUCCAUCCUUUACGAUGGCUCCCCCUUCCAACCAGACCUUACCACCUUUCUCCGCAUCCUCUCGGAACAACGCGUCACCGAUCUCGGCACCUCCCCCCGGUACCUCCAAGAACUCCAUAAACACUCCAUCGCACCGCGGGACACUGUCGACCUUUCCGCCCUCCGUGCAGUGACCUCUACGGGCAUGGUCCUAUCCGACUCCCUCUUCGAAUGGUUCUAUGACACUGCCUUCCCACCUUCUGUCCACCUCUCCAACAUCUCCGGCGGCACCGAUCUCGCCGCCUGCUUUGGCAUGGAGAAUCCCCUUGAGCCGGUGUAUGUAGGCGGGUGUCAAGGUCCGUCUCUCGGCACAAAAGUCGAAGUCUACGACAGUACUAUCGAAUCCGGACCUGGACACGCGGUGCCGGAUGGCGUACCCGGGGAGCUGGUCGCAACCGCCUCGUUUCCCAAUCAACCGGUGUUCUUCUGGGGCGAUGAGAAUGGGGAGAAAUAUGCGAAUGCGUACUAUACCCGUUUCCCACAUGUCUGGACGCAUGGCGAUUUCAUCCAGGUACAUCCUGUGACGAAGCAGAUUUUGUUUCUGGGGCGAGCAGAUGGAGUGUUGAAUCCCUCAGGUGUGAGAUUUGGGAGUUCGGAUAUUUAUAGUGUGAUCGAGACACAUUUCGCAGAGGUUGCGGAUAGUAUGUGUGUUGGGCAAAGGAGGCAGCAUGAUGCCGACGAAAGCGUGCUUUUGUUUUUGAAGAUGGCAGAAGGAGGGCGAUUUACAGAUUCCUUGGUUGAGAAAGUGAAGAGAAAGAUUGGAGAGGAGAGAAGUAAGAGACAUAUUCCAAAGUACGUGUUUCAGACAUGGGACAUACCGACGACUGUGAACUUGAAAAAAGUCGAAUUGCCGGUAAAGCAAAUCGUCUCGGGGCGAAUCAUCAAGCCAUCGGGCACGUUAGCCAACCCCGAGAGUCUGCAAUUCUACUAUCAGUUUGCCAACGUGGAGGAGGUCGUUGAGCGUAUGGAGAGUGAGAAAACGCAGAACAUGAAAAGCAAGCUAUGAAAUGCUAAGGCCGGGAUGCAAGCAGGUGGCAAUCUACGAUCGAACUGAAGGAAUAGAACAUCUAAAUAAUCUUAAAAAGAUCUU